AUCCCCCUAAAGGUAAACGGUAAAUCAAUGUCUGCAUGUAAAUAUAUUCCAACAAAGGACCUGCUUGAAAUAUAUACUUUGAUAAACAGAAGUCUGAAGUUCCAGAACACGAUCACAUCCCUCGCUAGGUAAAUGUAACGCUUGGAACACAGUUUAAUGACGUCGUUGUAGAACGCACUUAGCAUUCAGAAGAGACGGAGGAACAAAAUGUAUACGGCCUUUCAAUAACAACGGAAGAAUCAAUGGCAUGGGUUGACAACAACGAUGGCGUCUUUAUAAAGACCAAAUAGUCAAUGGAUGGUGCCACGUAUAAUCCAGAGCCAUGAAUCGGACAAAGUCUACGUUUGAUGAAUUCAACAAAGAGAACGAUGAAAACUUACAUCGAAGCCGCAUAUUUGUAUUGUCAUUCCCUGAUGUGUAACUGAAACAAACAUGUAUCUGUAUAACUGAUAAUGAUCUCAACGUACAAAGGAACUUAUGGUAAUUAUGAUAAACGUGACAUAAACGUACAAAUAUAGAUGAGGAAACACUAGCUAGCACAACGAUGAAAAAGCCUAGUUAAGUUCUGAUUCAAAAUAUUAAUGAGGAGAAAGUACGACAUGGCCGGUCGUUCCUGUAAACAUUUCAACAUAGAAAACCCUGCCCGGAGAUACAGAGUCGAUGACUCGGACAAGAAUCCACUAAAUGAACAUGAUAACAACGCCGAUGCUGGUCAUGGAGAGGAAACUGCUCAAGUUUAUUUUCGUAAUCCAAUUUUUGGAGAUCACGUUGAUAAUCCAGAUGAAACAACCUCGUCUAUUCCAUAUUCACAUUUUGGUCAAAGAAGUCCAAGAUUGCCGCCAAUAGAUGUCGCCUCAAACAAAGAUAAACCUGACACAUCUGUGAAAUAUGGAGGUAUUCAUAUUGGAACACAAAAUCUAAAAAGUAUACCUUUACAUCUCCCGUCCCCAACUCCGCCGGUUUACAAAGAUGCGGAAUCCACAACAACUCAAUUAAAUGUCGAGGACAAUCCGAAUGAUUUCGUCCAGGGGCCCUUAGAAAACAACCAUUUUAUGCUAUAUACGCAUGCGCAGCAAAGGAAUCCACUUUCCAUUCUGCCACCUAUUGGCGGGGCAAGACCAAAGACAAAUUUACAUGUUCAGAUUGUGAGCGAAGAUGAUCAUACUGAACAUGAAAAACCAGGUCAUGACACAACACAAGACAAUCCUGCUGAAUAUAAUAACAAUUACCUAUCCGUGAUAGAAGACGAGGCUGGUGCAAAAACAGACAGAUCAAGUUCUAGUUAUCUUGAGAAGGACACGGAAAUCAGCUCAGAUGGUAGAGAACUUGUUUAUUUCGCGGAUAAAUAUGACAGAAGGUUCAUCCGCUUAAGUCAACUCUUAGGACGGGGCUGUUUCAGUUUGUUUAUAGUCCACGUGGUCGUAAUAUUCACAAAGCCUGCAUUAUGGCAAGUUUUACACGGUAUUUGGGGCGGAGUAAUUCAUUUUUUGACUGGAUUUCUUGCAAAGAAAGCGUUUCAACGCCAUAAAAACCAGGUGCGAACACGAAAAAUGAUGUACCAUGCAACGUUUGUUAUGGAGUGCAUCUCAAUCGCGGUCUGUUUCGCCGUGAUGGGGAUAUCCGCAUAUGGAAUGUACUUGGAUCGAGUCCUGCAUGUGUAUAAUAAACCAUGUAACGACCCUUAUAUUCUCCGCUAUGAAUUCACAUGUGAGGCGUUCCGAGAUAUUGAGACAAAUCAUACAACAUACCACGCCUAUCUAGGAGGUUACAACUAUAAACAAGGUCUUAACAUGGGUCUUUUGAUUAUUAGCGUCUUGCAGGUUUCCCUCGCUGGUUUUGCAACGGCAGCUGGAUAUAAACAUUUAUUUGGCAAGAAUAGAUUGAUUGAUACUCCGGGAGCCACUCCAAGGUAGCACACUGAAAACAGCUGGAAGAUCCCGAAUGUACAUAGAACAAAUCCCUAUGGAAGCACCCUAAUAGUCACAUACAGAAAAUUUUCAAAGAUUUUCAAGGAAAGUAAACUAAAACUAAAAACCUCUUGAAUCAUUCAAUAUUAGAGACACGGAAUAUUUCUGGAAGAAUCUCACAAAGGCACAUUAUAAAAACCUUUGAAAUCAUCUUUAGGUAGAGACACAGAAUAUUUCUGGAAGAAUCUUAAGAAAGGACAUUAGAAAAAAUUCUUUGGAAUCAUUAUGAGGUCGUCACACAGAAUAUUUCUGGAAAAAUUUCAAGAAAGGCAAAUUAUAAACAAUUUUUGGGAAUUACUUUGAGGUUGACACACAAAAUAUUUCUGGAAGAAUCUUAAGAGAGGCAAAUUAUCAUUUGCACAUUAUA